AUGGCGCAGGAAAGACCGUAUGUCCCUCCCCUCGGCCUCGAUCGGCCUUUGGACGUCAUCCUCACCGUCAUCGAGUGUCUCAAGUAUGCGACAACCGGCGAGCUGCCCAAGAACUCCGACAAGGGGAAGAGCUUCGUCCACGAUUUGAAGAUCGCUGGACAGCACGCGGUUACGGGACGUAUCACUCUCGGCUUUCGGGACAUCCACCAGACCCGCUGCCGGACGACUCGGCUCUUUUCCGUCGAGGCAAAGAUGGGCCGCGCGGCCGAUCGCUUCACAACGCUCGACACCAAUUUCCAGUAUAUGGAGGGCCAAUCGGAACGGAAUAUCAGCAUGCGUACCGGCGAAAUGAAGACCGCCAUGAUCGAGCGCCUCGGUGUCAGCGAAGUCAUCCUGGAGAACCUGAAAGCCAAGUUUGAUGCCAUUUUUGCCGCCACGCGCUACUCCAAAGCCCUCGUGGAGAUGAAGAAGAUUCGCCGCGAACAGUCCACCCAAUCCCGCAUCUCCGAGGAGCGUAUGAUCCGGGCCAAAUCCUUCCGCGAUCUGGCCGCCGAGACCCGAAACAUCAUCAGCCAGUUGGACAGCGAGCGUGGACAGAUCUCGGCCAGCGUGGACACCCUCAACAGCGACAUCCUCCAUAGGGAGAAGGAGCUUGCCGAGGCGGAGUCCGCUGCCCGGGAGCUUGGUGCCCUGUGCCAGACCCUUGCUCGUCGGCGCGACCAGGCUCAACAACGCGAGGCCGACGUGCGCAUCCUCGAGACCGAAGCCCGUGGCGACCAGACCCAACUCACCGAUGAGGAGCUGGCUCGCGAGAUCCGCACCCUGGAGAGCUCGGAUUUGGCGGCUCAAACGCCGGACAUGAUCCAGCGCAGCAUCACCGCCCUCGAGCAAACCCUUUCCGCCGCGCAAGCCGCAACAGCCCGCAUCCAGCACUUUGGCCACCAGCUUGCGUCCCUCAACACGGCGGCCGCCCAGCGCGCUGCUUUGGCAGAUUUGCUCCCGUCCGAUGUCCGACCGGAGGUCGAGGCACUGCCGCUUGCCGGAUUGGAUUCACUGCCGCAACUCCUGGCCGCCUUGGAUCCCCUCCUGACUCGCCAGGAGAGCAGCCUGCGGACUUUCAUCGAUACCAUGCACCGGGAUGCGACGGCUCUCGCCCAAACGGUCGCGGUUCAGGAAAAUAUCCAGCAGGCUGCCCAGCGGGCAGCCAGUGCGGCCACUCGCCAGGUGGCUGCCCUGCGGCAGGAGCUUGCCGAUGAGGAGUCUCGCUCUGCUUCGCUUGAUGCCUCGCCCCUGGUCCAGCUCGAACGCCAACGUGAGGACAUUGACGCGCAGCUCAAGGCCCUGGACUUCGAGCACCGGCAGUCAGCCCUGGCCCUCGAGCGUGCAGCUCUGCAGCGGCGCCUGACGGAGGCCGAGAAGGAUCUCCAGCUCGGAUCCCGGCGCGCGGCUCUCGUGGAGCAGGAACGUCGUCUGGCCUCCCAAAUUGCCGAAAACUCCCGAGAGCUUCAGGAUGCUAUUGCUUGCUCGUCCACCUCGAUCCUCGGGUCGGCCUUGGCGUUGCCUGCACCCGGAGAAAAUGGCCCCUCCGAGGCCGACAUCCUCACGGCUCUGGCCGCUUGUCGUGGUGUGGUCCGAGAGGCCACCUCUCAAAGCCAGACCCACACAGCCCAUCAGGCCACCCUUCAAGCGGAUGUCACUCGCCUGGAAACCACACUUGCUGGAGUGCAGUCCCGCUUGGCCGAGCUGCUGGCCGCCCUGGCACCGGGCAUCCUGUCCCCCAUGACAUUGGCCGAGGUGCCGGGCCUGCGUAGCCCCCCGGAGCCGGACGCCCCGUCCGACUCUCUGGUCGCCUGGGCCGAGGGCCUGGAUUUGGCCUCCGCCCUGGCCAGUCACCGGAGCCGGCUGCAGCUCCUUCGUGGCCUCGACGCGAUUGAGAAGAGCAUGCGUGCCUUUGCCCUUGGCGAGGAGGGUGCUCCAGUUCGACACGACUGUCCUCUCUGCACGCGCCCCUUCGAUCAGGGCUCCUCCCCGGAGGACGUCAUGUCCGCCUCGGUGGAGGAUUACCUGAGCACCUUGCGCCGGUCCCUGGCCGUGUCCGAUGAGCAGUCCCAGCAUCUGCAAGUUCGGCUGCUCCUUCGCUCGAUUGGCGAGCUUGAGACGCUGCUCAGCCGCCAGGGGGACCUCCUGCGAGAGCUCCACCAGGCGUCCACCCUGCGCGCGGAACUGAGCGAUCAGCGCCGGGCGCUGUCCGCCGCUGAAGAUGCCGCACGCACUGCCGCCGCACGGUGCAACACCCUGGCCAAGCCUCUUGCCUCGCUGGAGGCCGUUGUCGCCCGCGUUCAAGCCCCCGGUCCGCAGGGCAUGCAGCAUCUCCUUUCCGAGCGCCGCUCUCUCCUCGAGCAGAUUGAGCAAAUCGGCCCGGUUGCUUCGCAGGCUGAUGCCGAGGCCUCCGUGGCCGAUUGCAAGGCCGGCCAGGAUCAUCUUGAUGCCCAAUUGGAGGACCUCCGAACUCAGCAUCAGGCUUUCCUGUCGCAGAAGGAGCGUCUCAUGGACCAAAUUGCCGCCGAGCGUGCGGUUGCCUCUCCCAGUGCCAGCGCUGAUCGUCGGCGCGCUCUUCGCCAGCAGAUUCAGACCUUGCAGGAAUCCGCGACCACGCAUGAGGCUGAGGCUCAGGCAGCCGCACAGUCCAUCUCCGAGGCCCAGCGCCGACUGCAAGAGCAUCGCCGCUCCAGCGAGUCCGAGCGCGAUCGGCGCCAGGCAUCCCAUCGUCAAUUGGCCGCUGGUGUGGCGGACCUUCGCGCGCUCUUGGGGCGUGCACGCGAACACCGCAGCCGUCUCGCACGCUUGGCCACCGAUGCCCAGUCCGACAUCGCGGGCUUCCAUGCCCGCGGCUUGAUGGGGGACAGCCCGGUCCCCGAUGCCGGCGACCCUUCCACCCUGCGGGAUGUCCUGGAGAAUACGGUUCUCCCUCGGUUGGCUGCCAGCCAGGCUGACGCCGCUCGCCAGCGAGAAACCCUCCGUAGCGCGGAGUCCCAUGCUUCACGGUUGUCAUUGUUGCGGAUCUGGCGCCAGCGCCGCCAGCAGCUGGUCACCGCACGCCAAGACACCGCCGAGCUGCUCGCCGGCGCCCGGGACCUGGAGGCCGAAAUCCGCCGGAAGUCCCUGGCUCUGCGGGUUCCCCUGAUUGCCACUGGGCCGACCCUCCGGCCGGACGAUGCCAAUCCCGAUGCCGGGCCCGGAGCCCUCCGCCGGGAAGUGCUCUCCUUGAAGGAGCAGCGUGGCCGCCAGGCUGGCAUCCUACAGGAGCUGGCUCGCCAGCGCGCCGACCGCGAGGCGUACCUCGGCCGGCCGGAGAUCGCCGGGGCCGAUGACGCGUACAAGAAGUUCCUGCUGGAGUUCCGCGCCUAUGAGCUGUGCCAGCGCGACCUCGACCACUAUGGGCGGACCAUCGAUGCGUCGAUCGCGCGCUUCCACGCCCUGAAGAUGCGUGAAAUUAACCGCAUCAUCGCCGAUCUUUGGGCCAGCACCUAUACCGGCGAGGACAUCGAGCUCAUCGAGAUCCAGGCCAUCAGCGAGCGCCCGGCCGGCGCCGCCACCGACGCCGCUGACCAGCUGGACUCCUGCCACUAUCGACUGGUGAUGUACCGGAAUGGCGUGGCUCUGGACAUGCGUGGUCGGUGUAGUGCCGGCCAAAAGGUCCUGGCAUCGAUCAUCGUGCGCCUGGCCCUGGCCGAAGCCUUCGGCCUGAAUUGCGGCGUCCUGGUCCUCGAUGAGCCCACCACCAACCUUGAUGAAAGGAAUGUCACCGCCUUGGCCGAGGCCCUCGAGCGGCUGAUCACCGAGCGCCGGGCGCAAAACAACUUCCAGCUGGUGCUCAUCACGCACGAUGAGAACUUCCUCGAGCUUCUUGGCCGCUCCCACAUCAGCCAAUAUUACCGCGUCAGCAAGACCCUCACCGGCUCGGUGAUCGACCGACACACGGUCAACUGA